ACGCCGCAAAUCGUGUCAACGCAACGCGUUGACAACUGUCACGAGAGAGAGAAUGAGAGAUAGGGAGAAAGAGUGAGAGAGAGCGAGGAGAAAGAGCGCAAAAAGCGAUGUAAACAAACAAGGACAAGUAGUAGGAAAAAAGUGAAAAACGUUUACGAGCAGCUAGACGCGCGUGAAUAGGGGUUAAAAGGUGCGCUUUUGUGCAGUUUCGCGAGUUUGGUGCAUUUUGUGCGUGCAACGAGAAGGUUGACGAUCACGUACAGGUAGAAGCUACGAUCACGAACAGUACGGUCGCAAGCGGUUGAUUAGACGUUCCGACGGGACGUAGAAGGCCAGUUGACCUCAAACAGCACAAGAACGACACACAGUACAGGACAGAAGUGGAUUCCGGCGGAGUCAGCAGGGAAUUUCAAUUGAACUUGAUUGUGGAUAGGACGGUUACAAGGAGCAGGAAAGGAUUUCCGGAAAGGAUCAAACUAAAAAAUUUUGAUCUGCUGCGAAGCGGCUGAUUCACAAAAUUUAGUUGGAUUAUUUCUACACCGUCCGAACAAAAUCAAAAUUUUUUAAACCGGAUUCGGAAAUGGUUUCCCGUAUGAAGGAAACGAAGUGCAUGUUCUGCAGAAAGGCAGACAAGCACGAUCAUGGUUGGGAGGAGUGUUCUAAGUGCGGUUCGUGGGCUCAUACAAAGUGCUCGGGCGUGGAUGAAGAGUCGGAAGAAGAGUGGAUCUGUCCGAAGUGUGUCGACUCCGAAUUUCUGCUGAAAGUUCCGGGGAAUAAGACGAAGAAGUCGGGCGCCAUCAGCGAUUCGGGAACCGUCCCAGGCGCUAGUUCUGUUGCAGUUCCAACUGAAGAGGAGUUGGCUGAGGAACAGCGUGCCGAGCGGGAGGCUUUCGUGAAGCAAAUUGAGCUGCGCAAGAAACGUCUGGCGGAAAAGCUGGCCUGGAGCGAGCAGAGGAUGAAGGAGGAGGCGGAGAUGCAAGCGCUUGAGUUGAAAACUCAGCGCGAGAUCGAGCAGAAGCAGCUGGCGCACGAUCAGGAGAUGCUGCAGCGUCAGUUGUCUGUAGAGAAGGAGUUUUUAAAGAAACGGUCAGCUCUGAAGAAGCAGAUCGAUGCUAGCAAGGCCAAGGUCGAAGCGCUGAAGGCCGAGAAGUCCACGGAGCAGAAAGUGACCGACUGGUUGAAGGGCGGCGAGAACUCUGGAACUGGAGGGAAACCGAAGCCAAAGCCGAAACCGGAAGUCACUCCGGAAAGCAGCGAUCAAGAGGACUCUGGAGAAGAUAGCGAUUCGGUCAAGUCCGCAAAAGGUGGCGUCAAGAACAAACCGAAGAAGGGUGGCGGAUCGUUUGGCAACACUACUCGCAUCACGCGAGAGCAAAUGGCCGCGCGAAAGGUGGUGUCGCAUGCCUUGCCGAAGUUCAAGGGCGAACCGGAAGUCUGGCCGCUGUUCAUCAGUUGCUUCGAGCACACCACGGCAGCGUGUGGCUUCUCCAACAUCGAAAAUCUCACACGACUUGUGGAGGCACUUGACGGCGAGGCGCUGGAGAACGUGCGAAGCAGCCUAGUUUUCCCGAGUGCGGUGCCGGGCAUCAUCCAAGAUCUCCGGAACAUGUUCGGGAGACCAGAGAAGCUACUGAAAGCGUUGCUGGAGAAGGUGAGGCAGGCGCCGGCACCGCAUGCCGAGCGUUUGGGUACCUUCAUCAACUUUGGGAUGGUGGUGAAGCAGUUGUGCGACCACCUUGAAGCUGCAGGUCUGCACGACCACCUGAACAACCCCAUGCUGGUGCAGGAGCUGAUCGAGAAGUUGCCGCCUAGCUACCAGAUGGAUUGGGUCAGAUUCAAGCGGGGCAAGAAGGAGAAUCCACUGCGAAGGUUUGCGAACUUCAUGAAGGGGAUCGUGGACGACGCUUCGGAGGUGGCAGAUUUCUCACCCCAGAACAUGAGCGACCACAGCAAGGAAAGAGGAAAGCCGCAGGGCAGAGCGUCCGUUCAUGUCCAUGAAACGGAGCUGAAGCAGGUCGAAGCGCAGCGCAACGAGAGACCAGGAAGGCCCUGCUGGUUCUGCAAGCGGGCGGAUCACUUCAUCCGAUCCUGUGAUGACUUCAAGCGGAUGAACGUCGCGGAACGGCUGAGGGAAGUGGAGAGAUUGAACCUGUGUGGCCGGUGUCUGAACAAUCACGGAUCUAGACCGUGUAACUUCAGGGGUCGGUGUACGGUGCCGAACUGCGUCGGCGACCAUCAUCCCCUCUUACACCGCGUGGAAGAGACGGUGCAGCUGCAGAAAGCGGAGAACUCGAGUCGCUCGGUGAUUUUCCGCAUGAUGCCAGUAACACUGCACGCCGGAAAGAGACAGUACGACACUGUAGCGUUCCUGGACGAAGGAUCGUCGGCGACGCUGGUGGAUGACGCCGUCGCCAAGCAGUUGAAGGCAGAGGGAGUUCCAGAGCCGUUGAUUGUCAACUGGACCGGAAACAUCAACCGUAUUGAGGACGGAUCGCGUAAGGUGGAGUUGAUGCUGUCAGCCAAGGGAUCGACAGAGAAGUUUCCGCUGUCGACGCGAACCGUUGGAGAGCUGCUUUUGCCACAGCAGGACGUGAACUACCCAGAAGUGGUAGGAAAGUAUACGCAUCUGUCCGGCGUGCCGCUGGAAGAUCUUCCAUCAGGUGUACCGACGAUCCUGAUCGGAUUGGACAACUUGCAUCUGUUCGCGCCAUUGGAGUCACGGAUCGGCCAGCUUUGUGAGCCGAUUGCCGUGCGGUCGAAGGUCGGAUGGACGGUUUACGGAACGGAGAAGCGCAAACCGCGCAGAAGUGUCCUUCUGAAUGUGCACUCGGUGGUUCCAGUGAGCAGCAGGCAAGCGCCCGAAGAGCGGAAUGUGCCGGAUAUGCAGGACGGCAGACAGCUGUCUACAGUUCCAGUUAGCGAGCCCAACAAGGAGACGCAAGCGCGAGAGAUUCUGGAAGAAUCGACGACCACUCUGGGUCGAGAGCCGGAGAGGAACCCGGCACUGAAGGAGAAAAAUGAGCCCACGAAUCGCCAGCGGAACGAGGACUGCACAACCAAAGAUGAGCAGCUGGAAAAGCCGAGAGCGGCCGCGAGCGAACAUCGUUUGGACCCCGGGGCAGCACCAAAUACCAACGGCCACGAGACGAGCAAGGCGCCAACGAAGAUGGUCCGGGAAAUCGUCAACAACUGCGCGGCUCAGCUGGCGUGGGUGCGGACGACGUGGUCGGUCAAUCCUCCCCUGUCAUCUCACUUGGGAGAUGCUUGGGAGCGACUGAUGCGAUCGGUCAGUGAAGCGCUCAUGGCGCUGGACGAUGGACGGCGGCUCAUGGACGAGAUCCCGAAGACUGCCACCGACGAAGCGGAGAACGCACGUCCGCUUGCGUACGUGUUGCAGCAGUCGGGCGAGGCUGAAGCGAUUUUUCCCAACUCUUUUCAGCGAUAUGCUUCACCAAACCAACCGGGCGGGGCUCUUCCGUCGCCACAUCCGACGGUGGCUCUACGGGACACGUACCAGCGUCCCAAACAGCUGGCCGGCGUAACAUGGAAACGACGGAAUGACGAGAACCUGCCGAGGUGGACGAGGUUCGGGAAGACGAUAUCGCGAGAGACCCUGGAGGGCAACGAACGGAAGUGCUGGAUUCGGGGCCCCGUGGACGAAUCGAUCGUGGGCAAGGACGAGCGGGUGAGCAAGGCGUGGGUGCGCACCGAAAGCGGCUGGUGCAAACGAGCGGUGGCGAAGCUGGCAGUGUCGGAGAUGCGAGUAGGUAACCCUAAACCGGAAGCGGACUCCCGGACCGGGUUACGGGCCGGGGAAUGUUCCGACAACACUGCCACCAGGUCGACAUAAGUCACGGCGGCACAGACACGGUCGCAGCAACGCCGCAAAUCGUGUCAACGCAACGCGUUGACAACUGUCACGAGAGAGAGAAUGAGAGAUAGGGAGAAAGAGUGAGAGAGAGCGAGGAGAAAGAGCGCAAAAAGCGAUGUAAACAAACAAGGACAAGUAGUAGGAAAAAAGUGAAAAACGUUUACGAGCAGCUAGACGCGCGUGAAUAGGGGUUAAAAGGUGCGCUUUUGUGCAGUUUCGCGAGUUUGGUGCAUUUUGUGCGUGCAACGAGAAGGUUGACGAUCACGUACAGGUAGAAGCUACGAUCACGAACAGGUAGGCGAGUAAAACUGCAUGCAGACGAAAACAAGAGACUAAAAUAUGUCCUAACCCUAAUAGCACGGUCGCAAGCGGUUGAUUAGACGUUCCGACGGGACGUAGAAGGCCAGUUGACCUCAAACAGCACAAGAACGACACACAGUACAGGACAGAAGUGGAUUCCGGCGGAGUCAGCAGGGAAUUUCAAUUGAACUUGUAAGUUACACUGAACAAAAAGUGCACGAUAGAUUUAAAAGAUUAAAAUGAUGAAUUUGGAUAGGAUUGUGGAUAGGACGGUUACAAGGAGCAGGAAAGGAUUUCCGGAAAGGAUCAAACUAAAAAAUGUAAGGAAACACACACACACACACACACACACACAGGUACAUUUACAAACAUACUAAAAACUGUUCUUAAAUACAUUCAACAGUUUGAUCUGCUGCGA